GUGAUGGCGUGGUAGUGACGUGAGGCGGCGCCGCGCAUGCGCACCUCAGUGUUGGGGUGAAGCUGCUACCACUAAGAUGGCGACCAGUAAGAGCCUGGACCAGGUGUUGUGUACAGACUCAGAUCACAGUCCUCUCGCUGCCACUGUUGGCUCUCUACACACUCACUUAGCUGCGUCGCCCAAAACCGCAGCAAAUGAACCAGCUAAUGCUAGUGUUAAUGGAGGGAUAAACAACAAGGCCACAGUAGUAGGGGAAGGCAGAAGUAACUGCGGUAAAAUAGAGCUGAGAGGCCCGGCGGUGAAUAGUGGUGCAGUGUUCGCUGGGAAGGUUGUGUCGGGCGUGGGGUGUGGGCAGGGUGUUGGGCAGGUGGUGGAGAUCACAGGAGGAGCUCUGGUGGUACACGGAGAGGCGGGUGUUGGCGCCGCCAUCCACGGCGGUGCUCAGCUCUCCAGCAGCAGCAGCAAGGGCGCCGCCGCCGCCCUCAAGCCGGUCUAUGGGGUGGCCCUGACGCCCAUGACAGGCGCCCAGGGCACGCAGGUGGUGAACGGGGGCGUGACAGGGGCGGGCACAGGAGGCGCCCCCCAAGUUAGCCUGCAGGCCCAGCUGGCGCUGAAGGCACUGAGCAAGGUGGUGACAGCGGCGGCCACAGCGGGCCAGACGGCAGUCAUCAUGUCGAAGCCUGGCACUGUGACUGCCGUGCCCUCCACCGCCACCCCGGGCACUGUGCCCAUACCCCAGGGCAUGCAGAUCAUCAACAUGCGCCCCGGGCAAGCCAUCAAGACCACGCAGGGUGCCACCAUCGCCCCCAGGAUGAUCCUCAACCAGGCACAGGUCCUGCCAGCGGGCAUGAGGGCUGGACAACCUGGGGUGAGUGCCCCCCUCACCUGCCAGAGUACAUCUCCGACAACCCUGUACACCCCUACACAUCCCUGUCAGCAAAUUACCCUUGGUCCACUACAAGGACUGCCUCCUGGAGCACAGGGCCACUUGUUGGUCAAAACCGAGAAUGGUCAGCUUCAGUUACUCCGUGUCAACACCGCUGCUGCCACCCCUGGUCAGCUGCCUACCAAUGUUACCACUACUACAGCUCUGCAACAAGCUCCUAAUACUGCCUACAGAUUCCAGCCCCCACAAGCUGGCACGGUCGCGGUGAGGUCCGUGAUGGUGUCGUCAGCAGCCGCACGUCCCGCUACCAUCAUCCUCCAGUCACAAGCCAGUAACACAGCUGCACUCUCUACAGUGACCACCACUACAACUGUAGCCUCGCAAGGUGUCACAGCUGCCACCAACACCACUAUGGGUGUUACCCCUGGCACUACGGUUACUGGCACCAUGGUAGCUUCAACGUUGACCACAGCCACACCUACCACGCAAGCCUCUCAGCCUGCUACAGUUGGCUCUCAAACUAUUUCGGCAGAAUCUGCAAAAACAAAAUGUAAAAACUUUUUGGCUACUUUACUGAAAUUAGCAAAUGAGCAACGGGCACCAGUCGCCCGAAAUGUUCGAAACUUAAUUCAGGGUCUCAUCGAUGGUAGAGUGGAGCCAGAAGCAUUCACAGAAGAACUUCAAAAGGACCUCAAUUCUUCCCCACAACCAUGCCUUGUUCCUUUUCUCAAGAAAACUUUACCAUACCUGCGAUUGUCUUUAGCGCGGCAGGAGUUAACCAUCGAUGGUGUACGGCCACCACCAAUAUCAGCAGUCACUCCUGUUCCAGGUGUCACCACAGUCAUACCUGCAAUGCCAGUUUCACGUCCUGUUGCUCCCACUACUUCUGGGACUGUAAGAAUGGUUGCCCCUACAUCAGUUUCCUCCGCUAAUCUUGUACAACGGCCGGUAAAUGCCACUCCUGCACCUACAAGAGUAGUUACUCAACAAGUGCAACAGGUACGAGUCCAGGGUGGCAAGACGGUGGUGACUACUGUACGACAAAACACUGCAGCUGCCACUGCGACCACCAGCACCGCCAAUGCCACUACUAACUCAGUACCUACUGCCACCAAAACCAUAACUGUUAAUAAGGCUCUCCCUACCAAAGAUAAAGACAAGACAAAAGAUAAACUAUACACAUACAGCAGUUCCUAUUCUUCUAGUGGGGCAGCGGAUGAUGACAUCAAUGAUGUGGCUGCAAUGGGUGGAGUUAAUUUAGGGGAGGAAUCACAGAGAAUUCUCGACUCCACGGGGUUCGUUGGCACACAGAUACGCUCGUGUAAAGACGAGAAUUUCCUCUUGAGCUCUCCAUUAACCGAGAGAAUAAGACAAAUAUAUCGUUCAGUUUGUCCCCGAGAUUUGCUGCAGUGGCAUUGGACCCCAAAGUUGCUCCAAGCAGGAUGUUAUCAAUGGGGACAAUGGUUGAGGCUUCUUGUAGGAUGAAUCUCACUUCAUUGAUAGUUGACUGAGCUGGCUUCACAUUUGGAAGGAUUAAGGACGUGUCCCAGGGCCUCUUUCUGUGGCUUCAACAGUUGGUGUUCUGCUAGUAGGGAUAUUCGUGUCUGACAAAGUGCCACAUCCAAGAACCAGGUGUCAUACUUGCUGGUUAAUCUAUUAGUGAUUUCCCCUAACUGCACUGAAAAAAAAAAAAGAAUGGGGUUAGAGGCACCCCAGCCAGAUGCUCUUCAAUGAGGUGACUUCAUACUCCCCAAACAGCAUUGUCAAAUCCUUGCAGUCUCCAGAUGAACCAACAAAAAUAUUUAGGAUGUGUGUUCAAAUGGCUAUCAAUACAGUGUCCUUUUUUUUAUUAUUCUCAUUUUUGUACUAAAUUAAAUGCAUUAUCUAAUUUUAAUCCUGCUUUUCUUCAGGUUGGUUAUUGAUAUACACCCUUUGUAUGACACACUUCUUUGCUGCUUUUGAGCAAACUUACACUGGUUUACUCCUUAACCCUUUCAGGGUCCAGAGGCCAAAUUUCAAAGUGUGCACCAGUGCCCAAGAAUUUUAAAAAAAAAAUUGUUAUUUUUUCUUAUGAAAUGGUAGAGAAUCUUUUUCUGAAAGUAAUAAAACAAAAAGUACGAAAUUUGAUGGAAAAUUGACGAAAUUAUGCUCUCGCGAAUUUUGAUGUGUCAGCAAUAUUUACGCAUCAGCGAUUUUGCCGACUUUGAUUCCCAUUUUAGGCCAAUUACAUUAUUCCAGUCGACCAAAUUCUUAGCUAUUUCACUAGUAUUACUUCUAUCGAUUGAGCACAAGAAUUCGCCAAGUCAACUGUUUCAACUACAAAAUAAAUUUGGCCAAUUUAAUGCAAUGUUCAAAAUACUCCAAUUUCAAAAUAGGGUCCAGAAUAAACAAUGCAGGCAUUCCUGGCACUAAACUAACAUUUCCUCUGUUCAUUAGUUACGUUUUGAGGCUUUACUAAUGAAUUCCGUUUUGAUUUUUUAUUCACAUAAUGAAUUUUUAUUCAAACCAAGAAAUAGAAGAUUUACUGUUAUGCAAUAUUGUAAUAAUUGUAUAAAUAAUAUCACCACAUUUGUGAACGUAUACUAGACCCACCAGCAGGCAUGUAUUAGACGUGUGAGGUCAUUUGUUUACUCUUGACCAUCGGCAAAAAUUUAACAUUUCUGCUAAUUUGAGCUCAGUUUCAAGCCAUUUCUAGUACUAAAACCAAUCAAAAUCAUCUCUAUUUCUGUAAUAUAUCUUCCAUUCUAUCAAUUGAGACCAAGAAAUCGCAAAUACAACAAUAAAAAACAUAGGAAAAAACACUGCAAAGUCGCUGUUUUAAUCGAAAAUUACAGUCCCAGUUUUUUCUCUCAUUAUGCACUAUGUGCUGCAGGAUUUGUUUUAUGUGGUGCACACAUACCACAUACAUGUAUUCUCUCAUAUCUAGGCCAAAAUUUACUGCUCACAGCUUAUCAGAGUGAGCUGAGCUCAUGACGUAGAUCUACGGUUUGGACCCUCAACGUAAAGCUGUAGAUCUACGGCACAGACCCUCAAAGGGUUAAGCUGUUGGCACCCCCCAAAUUGAAAGCUCAGUCUGUCUUUUUUUUUUUUCUCUCUCUCUCUAAAAUAGAUUUUUUUUUCCAAAGGUAUCAACACCAAAAACAAAAAAUUUGUAAAGUGCUUACGGACUUAUGCAUGCUUAAGGUUGGAGGUCAGAGCACUUGACACAAUGGUGAGUUUGCCCAAUAUGAAUCCUAUCUCAGUUUUCAAAUUGACUUGCUUCCCAGCUACUUGACUAAUAUAACUUCCAUCCCAUGCAUUGAUCACAAUUUAAAAACACCCGGAAAAAAAAAACUAUAGCCAUUCCAGCCACUAAAGCCACUAUUAUUUUAACCCUUUCAGGGGCGAGAGGCCCUCUCCUAAACUUGUUCUCAGAGUCAAAAAUUUUUCGGAAAAAGCAAAUUAUUGUUUUUCUUAUCAAAUGAUAGAGAAUCUUUUCCUGAUCAUAAUGACACCAAAAGUAUGAAAUUUGAUGGAAAUCUUAGGGAAUUAUGCUCUCGCAAAGUUAGCGGUCUUGACGAUGUUAAUGCAUUAGCGAUUUCGCCCAAUUUGAGCUCUAUUUUCGGCCAAUUCCAGUGUACUAGUCGACAAAAAUCAUAACUGUUUCGCUAGAACUCCAUUUUUUCUAUCGAAUGAGUACAAGAAACCACCCAUUUACCAAUUUCAACUAUCCAAUGAAGUGGUCAGAAAUUGGCAAUUUUGCCAAUUUCACACAAAUUUCAGAAGAUGCCAAUUUCCAAAUAGGGUCCAGAAUAAACAAGACAGACAUUCCUGGCACUAAAAUAACAUUUCCUCUGUUCAUUAGUCAUGUCCCCACACCCCUCUUACAUUUCUUUUGCUUUCUACUUUGAAUUUUUUUCUCACAAAAAAUAGAAGAUUUGCUGUUAUGCAGACUACUGCAUUAGUGUAGAAAUGGUAUAAAUAAUAUCAGCGCACUUGUAAAAGAACAUUAGGCUCAUCAGUUGAUGUGUAUUGGAUACGUGGCAUGAUUUGUUUACUUUUGAACAUUGCAAAAAUCGAACAUUUCUUCUACUUCGAGUUUAAGUUCAAGGUACUUUUCAUUGUAAAACCAAUCAAAAUCAUCUCAAUUUCUGCAAUAUGUCUUCCAUUCUAUAAAAUGAGACCAUUAAAACUAGAUUACAACCAUAAAUACCAAAUGAAAAUACAGUGCAAAGUCGCUGUUUUAAACCAAUAACAUUGUCAAAGUUUUUUUUUUCUCAUUAUGCACUGUGUGCUGCAGGAUUUUUUUUUUAUACUGUGCACACUGACCACAUAGACCCAUUCUUUCAUAUGUAGGCCUACCAGCUUUCUCUCGCUGGAUUUGAAGGCGCUAGAAUUUAUGCAUACUAGUAGUCAAUAACCCUGGUGCGUAAAACGUACUAGUACGCCAGAAACUCUGGAAGGGUUAAUAACUUCCCCAGGCUUCUCCUGCUUAACACCUAUCCUCCAUUUAUUAAUCCAUUGUCACACCAAAAUCAAUGUUUUUCCUAAUUUUUAGCUAAUAAACCAUAACUAAGAGUGCAUGGUCAUAGUUCAGGCUAUCCCAGUAAUUGAAAUCAACCUAAUAAAAAUCCAUUAAACAGACCGAGAAAGGAGAGUUAGGGGGCACCAACCUUUUGCUGGAAAACCGACCAUUUCUCACCAAUUUACCCCUUUGAGAGUCCAAGAAUUUAAAAAAAAAAAUUGUCAUUUUCUUCUCAUGAAAUGGUAGAGGAAUCUUUUUCUGAAGGUAAUAAAACGAAAAGUCUGAAAUUUGAUGCGAAAUUCUCAAAAUUACGUUCGCGAAUUGUACUGUGUCAGCGGUAUUUACUAUCAGCGAUUUUACCCACUCUGACUCCUAUUUUAGGCCAAUUACAUUAUUCCAAUCGACCAGAUUCUUAGCUAUUUCGCUACUUUUGCUUCUAUUUUAUCGAUUGAGCACAAGAAAAUGCCCAAUCAACUAUUUCAACUACCCAAUAAAGUGAUAAGAAAUUGGUAAUUUGGCCAAUUUCACACAGUGUUUAAAAUAGGGUCCAGAAUAAACAAUGCAGGCAUUCCUGGUACUAAAAUAUCAUUUCCUCUGUUUAUUAGUUACAUUUCCAGGCUUUACAGAUGAAUUCCAUUUUAAUUUUUUUAUUUACAUAAAGAAUUUUUAUUUAUACUAAAAAAUAGAAAAUUUACUAUUAUGCACUAUUGUAAUAAUUGUAUAAAUGAUAUCAGUGCAUUUGUGAAUAUAUAUUAGACAAUUUCCUGUGCUGAAUUGAUAGAACAAUAGGCAUUCUAGCGAAAUAGCAAAGAAUUUGGUCAAAUUGAGCUAUGGAAUUGGCUUAAAAUAGGGCUUAGUGUACAAAAUCACUUUUUUAAUUGCACCUAGACCAUCAAUUUUGCACCUCUGUAAUUCUAUAAGUUGUGUAUCAUAUUUCAUAUUUUUGAUGUCAUUACCUUUGAGAGAAGAUUCUCUACUGUUUCAGAAGAACUUUCUUUUUUUUUAAAUCAUAGCACUGUCAGCACUUUUAAUUUCAGGGGUCACAAUGAUGAGAGUCAAAAGUACUGUGAUUUAAAAAAUAUAGUAGUUUUUAUCUGAAAUAGUAGAGUAUCUUUUUCUGAAGGUAAUGAUACAAAAUAUGCUAACUUUGAUGGAAAACAUAGGGAAUUAGGUGCAAGUGUGGCAGUCUGGGCAUAUUUUAUGCACCAGUGAUUAUGUCCACUUGGAUCCCUAUUUUAAGCCAGUUCCAUUAGUCAGUUUGGCCAAAUUCUUAGCCAUUUUGCUAGUAUGCCUUCUAAUGCACCAAAAAGCUGUGCUCCAUUAGGUGCUAGUCUUUCCAUUUCCAUUUAAAACAUCUUCAUUACUGUGCAUUUUUUUUUAGUGCACCAGCCUUAUCCCACUGAGUCAGGGUGACCCAAAAUGAAAAAUGAAAGUUUUUCUUUUUAAAUUUAGUAAUUUCUUUCUUUCAACACACCGGCCGUAUCCCACCGAGGCGGGGUGGCCCAAAAAGGAAAAACGAAAGUUUAUCCUUUUACAUUUAGUAAUAUAUACAUGAGAAGGGGUUACUAGCCCCUUGCUACUGGCAUUUUAGUCACCACAUACAACACGCAUGGCUUACGGAGGAAGAAUUCUGUUCCACUUCCCCAUGAAGGUAAGAGGAAAUAAACAAGAACAAGAACUAGUAAGAAAAUAGAAGAAAACCCAGAGGGGUGUGUAUAUAUAUGCUUGUACAUGUAUGUGUAGUGUGACCUAAGUGUAAGUAGAAGUAGCAAGGCGUACCUGAAACCUUGCAUGUUUAUGAGACAGAAAAAUGGACACCAGCAAUACUACCAUCACAUAAAACAAUUACAGGCUUUUGUUUUACACUCACUUGGCAGGACGGUAGUACCUCCCUGGGUGGUUGCUGUCUACCAACCUACUACCUAUAAAAUUUAGUAAUUUAUACUAUGCAUAUUAUAACAGAAGACACAAUACAAGAAGCCAAUGUUUGUACCUCUUUGAUAUCCUAUGUGUUUGAUUCAACCUGAAUAGAAAUUCUACAUAUAAAAAGAGGCCUAUAAAGGUGAAUCUCUCAGCCAGAUUAUAAUAAUUCCUUAUCUGUCAAUUGAUCUAAAAAUAUUCUUAAAAACACUCUGUACUUGUUGUAUAUUUACUUAGAUUAAAUAUAAAUGUCAAAUAACUAAACAUGUCAUUACUGUUUUUUUAUUAUUUUAUCAUCACAUUAACAGCUGUUGUAA